UUUUGUAUUUACUCCUUAAAUAGGUCAUGUGAGCAAAAUGUCAACAAUUUUUGUUUAAUAAAAUAAGUCAAUGACAUUUAUCUAGAGCAACAUGGGUUGUUGCGAAAGCUGUUUCGGAAAUAAAGACAGCAAUUUCCAGGAUGGUGGGCCCAGUGAAACUGACCGUUUAAUAAAUCCUGCUAAUGGACAGGGAACUCCAUCAUCCUUUAGAGAAACCCAGGUGGUGCCAGCAGCUACUGUUCCACAGCCAGGAGGCGGAGAUGAGGCAUCAGUGCUGACAAGGAUUCUCCACACAGUAAACUUUAUUGAUGUGUCUGCUGUUGAAGGGAGAGGCUUGGAACAACAUGAGUACCACGACAAGGCUAGACAGUAUAGUAACAAGUUGAACAUGGUGCUGGCCAGCUCUGGUAGGGGAAGCAAGUAUCGAAUGUCUCUGCCAAACGGUGUAACGGCUCCACAGAUAGUCCUAGCAUCACAGCCAGUCUCCCUGGCAGAUAUUGAAUUGAUUACGAUGGCUGCUAAGAGAGCGGCAGCGGCGGUCAAUGAUUUGAAGGUGGAGCACAAAGAAGACCUUGUUGUGCCGUUUGGGGUGCCCUGACGUCCCACGUGAUCUAUUAGUGUUUUAACAUAAUCUUCCAGUCAAUAUUUUUGUAUAAAAUAACACUGAUUUACAUCAUGGUGAAAAUAAGACACAUAUUGAUGUCUUUAUGUCUAUCUUUAGACGACUAUAAAUAAUUGCUAGAUUUUCAUCCCACCUGGCCCCCAUUUUUUUCUCCGCCCCUUAAUUUUAUUGACUCAAAUAAAAAUGUUGAACUAGGGUCUGUAUUUGCGUAGCCGUCCGAUACUGUCCUGGAACUGCCAUUAUUCAUAGCUGUUGAUGUAUAACAUUCACAUGUAAAAAGGAGAAUUGUUUUGAUCAUGUUCAUGGUUCGUCCAGAAACACAUGUAUAUGGUCCCUUAUUCAUUCAUUAAAAGCAUGGACUCCUAUUCAAUGGUGAAACAGUCAUCUAAAAAAUGAAAAAUAAUGAUAAAAUGUCACUCCCUGCCACCAUUUUAAAACAAAAAUGGAUGAAAAUCUGGAAAUUUAUUUAUAUUGGCCUUACCUUUUACAAUUGGUUUAAUUGUUAUGUGUAAAUGAAAAGGAAAAAACACAUUUAGUUAUGUUAUAAAAAUAUUAUAAGACAAUUAUGGUUAAUCAAUUUUUGGAUUUAUUUCAUUGAAUUUAUACAAUGUAGUAAAAUAUUUUAUAAGAAAAUUUAUAAUGUUAUUUUUUUUGUUAAUGUUUUAUGUUGAAGGCAUUUUAAACAAUAUCAUCAUUACAUUUGUUUUAGUUUUCAUGUGUACAUGCCUAUUAUUAUGACAGUCACAUCUUUGUACAUGGCUAAUCUAGCUGACACUUGCUUCUUUGUAAUGAUGGAGUUAAGUUAAGGAUUAUUAGAUGAUGUAGCGAAAGUUUCAUGUAUUUUUUUGUGUUUUCUUCGCAAAUACUCAUUGUAAGUGUAUUGCAUUGCUUAUUUUUUUGUUUCAUAUAUAGACAUGUGUGAAGCUCACAUCACUUAACCUUAUUUCUGCCAUGUGUGAUAUUUUCUAGCAAAUUGGGUUCAGAAAACAGGCUUGUAAUGUAGAAAUAUGCAUGUUAGUGAAACUGAGUGAAGUUUAGAAUUUCCUUGUAGUUUUGAAAUGACAUAUUGGCAAGGAUUGCUUGUUAUUUUAUGUGUCAUAAUUACAGCCCUUCCAUAUUUAGUUAUACAAAUGUGUAUUUGUUUGUAAAAAGUUUUGUGAGAAACGCAAUUCCAGUGUGCAUUGAACAACUAAUUGAUAGAAAAUUAGCAUAUAUUAUAUUGAUUUAUAUAUUAUAUGUUCAUCAAUAAUACUUAAAUAAAAUAUGUGAUAUAAAAUGU